AUGGACGACUCCCCUCCUGAGGUGCCGGUGUGCACAGACGGGAACUCGUUACUGAAGGCCGUCUACCUGAGCCGCCUGCGACUAACGAGGCUGCUGCUGGAGGGCGGGGCCUACAUUAACGAGAGUAACGAGCGAGGGGAGACACCCCUCAUGGUGGCCUGUCGUACCCACCAUGCGGACACGCAGAGCGUUCCCAAACCCAAGAUGGUCAAGUACCUACUGGAGAGUGGGGCUGACCCCAACAUCCAAGACAAGACCGGGAAGACAGCCCUGAUGCACGCCUGCACAGAGCGGGCAGGAGUGGAGGUACUGUCCCUGCUGCUCUCCAGCGGUGCGGACCCCAGCUUGGAGGACCGCUCCGGCUCAUCCGCACUGGUUCACGCCGUCCACUCCGGCGACAAGGACGCGCUAAGGGUGCUCCUGGACGCCUGCAAAGCCAAGGGCAAGGAGGUCAUCAUCAUCACCACAGACAAGCUGCCGUCCGGACGACAGAUGACCAAACAGUACCUGAACGUCCCGCCGCCACCCGACCUGGAUGAGCGCCUGCACUGUACCCCUCCUGGGGGCGCUGGUGCCGGCGGGGCCUGUUGCAUGUCACCCUCGGAGAUCCAGCUGUGCACCCCUCCACACCAUGCAGGGAACAGCAGUGGCUGUAGCUCUAUACAGAGAGGGGAGCUCUCCCAGGGCCAUGUGUCCUCCACUGCCACUGCCAACUCCAUGCAGGCCCCAGCAGGAGGACCAUCCAGGCUUCUUCACCUGCAGAGGCUCCACUCAGAGCCGUGGCUGAAGAUCCCUCCAGCCCUGCUGCUGCUUCAGCAGAACAAAGGUGGUGGCGGCGCCUCCUCCUCCCUGACUGAAGAGGAGCUGCAGGACAUCACUCCUGAGGAGGAGCUCACCUUCAGGCUCAAUGGCCGCUUCUCCUCCAGGAGGACGCUCGCCACCUCCCGCCACCACAGCAUCGACGUCAAGGACGCCACCGGCCUGCUGCGCGCCCUGGAGGAGGCCAGCAAGGGGGAGCAGGAGCAGGGAGGAGCAAGGGCCUUACUGAGCCGGAAAAUGUCCUACGACAGCGCGUCACCGUCUCUACUGCAGUGUUUCUCAUCGCACCAUAACCUCAGCGUCAGGAGCGCAGCGGACAGAGUAGUACCAGAGAGCCUCCCGAACCUGGCCGUGUCCAGUCUGCGGAACAUCGUCCGUCGGCGGAAUAUCGGAAUGGACCACUACAGCUCGGACUCCCAGCUGCCCCAGUUCGACAGACGGAGCAACACAGAUGAGGAACAGGCACGAUCAGGGGUCUCAUCAUCAUCAUCAUCAUCAUCAUCUGGGCCGGAGAAGCACAGGACGCUGGUCUCCAGCCGCUCCUCCACGCUGCCGUGUGGCUCCAGGGAGUCGCUGCAGCUGGAGGCUCUGCCGCCCCAGCGGAGGGGCCACUCGUCGGGCAUGCUGGAGCGCCGGGGGUCCGGGGCUCUACUCCUGGACCACAUCGCCCAGACCAGGCCCGGGUACCUGCCACCCCUCAACCCGCACGCGCCCAUACCCGACAUCAAGGUCAUCACUGUUACAGUCAACCCCACCACUAUCACCACUGCUGUCGCUGCUGCAUCAGCCCACAGCAGCACCGCUGCACCAGCAGCGGCUAACACAUCAGGACCAGGGGCCCUCAGUGGAUCAUGCAAACUCCUGGGCACUGCAGCUGCUGCUGCUAACACCGGCACUGGUGGGGUCACGGUUCACCCAGCGGAAGCACCACCACCACCACCGACACUUGCGUCCAGGCCAUUCCUGCCGUUCGCCCCGAAUCUGCCCCGCGACGAGAAGGCCAAGCGGGCACUACUGAGGCGGCACUCCAUGCAGACGGAGCAGAUCAAGCAGCUGGCCAACUUUGAGGAGAUCUUUGGCCAGUGA